AUGUCUUCUUCACCAUCAUCAACCGCUUCAUUUAAAUCAAAUCAAAAUGAACCAUGUAAAAUGACAUAUCAAAAUCUUUUAGAAAUAAAUCGUAUUAAAAAUGCUAAAAAUAAUUAUGAACGAUUAGGGAUUAGUAUGACAGCUAGUAGCGAAGAAAUUCAAAAAGCAUUUCGUCGUUUAGCCUUUAUUGUACAUCCUGAUAAAAAUAAUACUCCAGGAAGUGAAGAAGCUUUCAAAAUAUUGGUAAAAGCAAAAGAUUCUUUACUUUCAUUAUCAAAUGGAUCCAGUUGGUUCAGUUCUAAAGUUUAA